AAGCUCCGGUGCCGGUGCGGCGGUGGGGUUCUAUAAAACAGUCUGCGCGGUGAAAUUAAACUUCAGUAUCGAGUGAGAUGUGCAUCUGAGAGAACCUCAAAACGAACCAAAAAUAAAACACGAACUUUAAGAUAUUUGAGCUGCACAUGGUUGAAAGUGAUAUCUGGUGUAAUUUUACAUAACAAGUGGGGGUUUAGACAACGCGCCGAAGUGACAGAGUGUGCUUCGUUCACAAAAGACACAAUAUGAACCUCAUAACCACCGCUACCCUGGUGGUGGUCCUGGCAAUCACCACCGCCAGUGCCGACGAAUGGAAUUGGCUGAACGACGGAGAGUCUUUCAUGGAGGAUCUAGUGCGUGAGAAGCGCCAAGAAUCUGUCCAGAACGCUACCGAAGUGGGUGAUGAUGAAAUCCUGAACUACAUCCUCGACAGUGGACGCCAGGGACGAAGUCUGGAAGGAUUCGACGAAGUGUACAGUGAUCCUUCGGUUCAGCAAGCUCUGCAAAACUCUGACGAUGUCCAAGCCCGGAACAUCAUCAAGGAGAAGCUGUGCGCCCUCGGGUUGAUGCAGUGUGAUGGAGAGCUGAUCGACGGAAGACGACCAUACCUGAACCCAAACAACCUGAUCUACGCUCAACCCGUGGCGCUCAAACCGGUUGGACGACCGAUCGCCACCAUCCCAAUCCGAGGACCACCCCAACAGCAGGGUCCAGUCUACGUUCCAAAACCACCCCAGCAGAAACCUCACCAGGGACCGUACGGACCUCCGCAACCCAUGCCGAACCCCAACCAAAAAGUCGGCUUUGCUUCUCAAUCCUUCAACAGUCAGAACUCUUACAACUCCUACUCCGGUGGACCAUCCUACAGUGGAUCCUACCCCAGCUACCCCUCCAAACCUCUUGGUCCCGUCUACGAAGGUGCUGAAAUCCCCUACGAGUUUGAGAGCCCAAACAAACCUCCCGGCGUCGUUAUCGCGGACGGUCCUCCAGUUGCCGCCAAACCAGUGGUUGAACAACACGUGCACCAUCACUACCACCACAUCGAGGGAGGAGCCGCCGAGAAGACCGUUGUCGUCCAACAACCCGUUCCACUGACAUCGGACAUCAUCACUGGCUCGUCUGUUGCGGGAGGCGCUUCCUACUCCUCCGGCAAAUACGGAUCUUCGUCUUCGCUCAACAGUGGAUCUUCCUACUCCUCCGGUCAGUACGGAACCUCAUCAUCCCUCAACGGAGGAUUCAAUCCGUCCAGCAGCAAGGACUUUGAUUACCAGGAUCUCAAAGGAGGCAACAACUUCGGCGAUUACGGAAGCUAUGCUUCGCAGUCACAGUCUGCCGCCAACUUCUACAACAAGGGACCACAGACAUUCAGCAGUUCUGGCUCGGAGAACACCGUUUACGGAACGAACUCGGCCGUCGUCACCGGAAGCUACCAAACGGCACCCCAAGGUGGAUUCCACGCGUCCAACCCCAACCUGUACAAGAAAGAACUGAAUGUCAAGGGACCAGCCAACGGACUGAACAGCUACUCCACCGACUACAGCAAGUACAGCCAGCAGUACAACGGACAGUACAGCAACCAGCAGAAUCAACAAUUUGGCCAGCAAAAUCAGCAUUUCGGACAACAGAACCAGCAAUUCGGACAACAGAACCAGCAAUUCGGCCAGCAGAACCAGCAAUUCGGUCAAUCCCAGCAACAGUUUGGCGUCAACUCACGCUACGAGGACUGCGUGUGCGUUCCGUACGAACAGUGCCCGGCCCAGGACGUUGUAGGGCGCCGUGACGAUCUGAUCCUGCCGCUGGACCCGCGUAGCUUCAAGAGUGACAUUCUGGCCGAUACCGAGAAGCUGGUGAUCACCGACGCCAACGGAACGAUGACCGUGGUGCACGUGCCCAAGAACGUAACGGCCGAGGCUCGUUCGACCAAUGUGACCGAAGAGGUCAAGAAGGUCUCCAAGCGGGAAGCUGCUGCCGCUACCAAGAAGUCCGACGAUGAUGACAAGGCUAACAUUGAACCGCGUUUGUUGGGAGGAGGAGGUGGUCAUCAUGGUGAAGGUGGCGGGAAGAAAGUUGUUCCUACCUUCGGAGUGUCCUUUGGUCUCCCCUAUCCCUCGUAUCCGCUGAAUCCGUACGGCCCUAAUCCGGCCGGUAAUCCCUACUUUGGUUCAAUUGGAGCCAACGGUUUAAACCUCGGGUUGGUCAAUGUUAAUCCCUUGUUCUCCUUUCAAGUUACCAAGGACGAGUACGGCGAUAAAGUUGUCAAGCCGCUCGUCAAUCUUCACGUGACUCCAACGGAGAACAUCGUGCAUAAAGUGGGACAUCUUUUGGCGGCCAAGAAACAAAACGUUUUGCAUGUGUUCAACCAGCAUGAACAUUACCAUAACCACCAUUCAUACCCGCCGCCCCCCGCAAUCUACCGUCCACCUCAUGGACCACCCCCAUUUGCCCACGGGCCACCACCGCCACACUAUGGACCUACUGGACCCAACCUUAUCUACACCAAACCACCUGGUCCAAUUUACUCCGGUCCAGGACCGAUCUAUCCCGGCCCAGGUCCAAUCUACCCCGGCCCAGGCCCAAUUCUAAACCGACCCCCUGGUCCUCCCUUCAUUCCCAACGGCCCAGCUCCCUUCUAUGGCCCACGACCUCCCUUCUUCCGCGAUGCCUCUGCUGCUUCCGACGUUGAGCUGGACUACAACCCGUCCGAGGUCGGCAGAACAGCCAACGUCACCUUCAACCAGCAGUCGCUUCGCCAACCGGGUCCGAUCGGUAACUUCCGCUACCAGUCGGUGUACCCGCAGAACCAACCCGACGCGCUCAACAAGAAUCGGGUAGAUUACGCUAGACAGUAUCAGCAGUACCAAGAGCAAAACAGUAACGCUAGACUUACUCCUCCGCCCACUCAGAACAUUCCGACACCGGCACCGGGACACUCCGAAGGUAGUAGCAUCGUAAGCUUCCCCCGUAGCCGUCGGUCCACCGAUGUUUCCGUGCCGGAUCGGCUCGAACCGCUGGAAUCGCUACCCGCCUCGAAGCACGAGGAGGUACAAGAAAAGUCUGUUUUCGCUGAGAAGCGUCAAGCUUACUACGGACCACGACCCCAACAACAGCAGCAGCAGCAGCAAUGUCCUCAGCGUAGCGUUUGCUGCCGUCGUCCAGCCUACCAGCCACGUCCUCCGACCCACGCCAACCUGGGCAAGUGUGGCGUGCGUAACGCUCAAGGCAUCAACGGGCGCAUCAAGAACCCGGUCUACGUUGACGGAGACAGCGAGUUCGGCGAGUACCCGUGGCAGGUGGCAAUCCUGAAGAAGGACCCCAAGGAGUCUGUGUACGUGUGCGGUGGAACCCUGAUCGACAACCAGUACAUCGUUACGGCGGCCCAUUGCGUCAAGACCUACAACGGCUUCGAUCUGCGCGUCCGCCUGGGUGAAUGGGACGUCAACCACGACGUCGAGUUCUAUCCGUACAUCGAACGGGACGUCAUCUCGGUGCAAGUGCACCCAGAGUACUACGCUGGAACGCUGGACAACGAUCUGGCCAUCCUGAAGAUGGACAAGCCGGUCGACUUCACCAACACCCCGCACAUCUCGCCGGCCUGUCUUCCCGAUAAAUUCGCCGACUUCUCCGGCCAACGCUGCUGGACUACCGGAUGGGGUAAGGACGCCUUCGGUGACUACGGCAAGUACCAGAACAUCCUGAAGGAGGUCGAUGUGCCGAUCGUCAACCAGCACCAGUGCCAGAACCAGCUGCGUCAGACGCGUCUCGGCUACAGCUACAACCUUCAUCCGGGAUUCCUGUGCGCCGGCGGUGAAGAGGGCAAGGAUGCCUGCAAGGGUGACGGAGGUGGCCCGCUAGUCUGUGAACGCAACGGUAGCUGGCAGGUCGUUGGAAUCGUAUCCUGGGGUAUUGGCUGCGGAAAAGCCAACGUGCCCGGAGUGUACGUCAAGGUCGCCCACUACCUGGACUGGAUCAACCAGGUUCGAGGUCGGUUCUAGAGAGUAGUAUUUAUUGACGGCUCAUAUUUAUUGUGUACGAACGAAUGCGAGAACUUCACCAGUGAUACUCAACGCGAUAAAUUGUUGGUUUGUAUAGUAAGACACUUCAGCACGGCGUCUACAGUGAACAAGGACGGGCUGGAGUUAAAGUGUACGAUGCUAUUAUGUGAAAGCAUUUCUAAUUAGAAGAACCUCCUUUGAAAGAGAAGAUGUAGUCUUUACUCGAGUUCGUGUAGUGUUGUAAAUGUUAGGUUUUGAAAGCAUCGAAUAAAUUAUUAUAUUUAUAUAUAAGACA